AUGUAAUUUGAGAGAAGCGAUAGCGAAGAGAUUAAAAUGCACAGUAAGAGUUGCAGUUCUUUUCCUUAAAGCGAUGUCCUUGUUCAUCAAGCUUCAACAGUAUGCAGCGAAUCUUUUCAAGAUAGAGUUUAAGAUUUGAAAGAAAUUUAUAACGAAGAAUUGAGUCCAACAGCCGUUUAUUUGGCUUUCGAUACCAUAUUUGAGAAGCAAGUUGUGGUAAAGAAAAUCUUCAAAAAUAAAUUAGACGACUAUCAAAUUGAAUAAGCAAGAAUCGAGUGCCAAAUUGCUUGCAACGUCAACCACUUUAACCUUUGCAAAGGCUACUACAGCUAUGAAAACGAUGAAGAAUUCGGAAUUUUCAUGGAAUACGUAGAUGAUGCUGAAUAUUUGGUCGAAAAAAUUGAAAAUUCACACUCACCCAUCAAGAACGAAUUAAAAAUGAAAUCCUACGUCCUUGACAUCUUGGAAGGUCUUAAGUAAAUCCAUUCAGAAGGAUAUGUUCAUUUAGAUAUCAAAUUAUCUAACUUGUAUUGCAUCAGAAAAGAAAUCGAAGGUGUGAGAAGAGUUAAAGUUGGCGACUUUGGUCUUUGUCACAAAGUAGACGAAAAAACUGGUCUAGCCUAUGUCAAAUACAACUGUGGCACAUUUGGAUUCAAAGCCCCAGAAAUAAAAGAUAAUUCUUAUGUUUCACAAAAAGCCGAUAUGUGGUCUUUGGGUAUGGUCCUUUACAUGAUGGCCUGCGCAUAUAAGCCCCACUAAAUGAAAGGCUAUAAAUAUGGUACUGGCCCAAUUCCCUUCAGAGCCUUCGACUGGAAAAAGAGAUCCCCAGAACUUAAACAAUUCGUUGAAAAGCUCCUCGAUGUAAACCCCGAAAACCGUCCUACUGUCGAAGAAGCCUUAAAAGAUCCCUGGUUCUCAACUUCAGACUGA